GAAACGAAAUAUACCUCACUGAGCAAGUACGGCACGGGGAGGAGUGAGAGCUAAGCUUAUUAAAGUGGAGGUUGUUAGUGUUUUAUUUUGAGAAUCGGCAUUUUGGUUGAAAGGAAAGAAACCGCUCCGAUUCAAGAAGGAGAUGACAUCGACCGGCCGAAUCGACUGACUCGUAUUUAAAUCCACCCAGAUUUUCGGCCUACAACACUCAAAAGCUAAUCCAUAGCCCAAAACAAUUUGGAACCCAAACAAUAUCAAAAUGAGUGCAAUUAGAUAGUCCUUAUAAAAGGAGAUCUAAAUCGUUCGUUUAAACAUUAAUCUUCUUGAAAAGUUCACGUGCAAUCGCAACAAUAGGUAGAAGGAGGGUGGGUAUGUCUCGUGCGCCAAAUGAAAAUCUUCCAACAUACAAACUGGUGGUUGUUGGAGAUGGAGGCGUUGGCAAAAGUGCGAUCACAAUUCAGUUCUUCCAGAAGUUGUUCGUGACAGAUUAUGAUCCUACGAUAGAGGAUAGCUAUAUACAACACACUGAAGUCGACGGACAUUGGUGUAUAUUAGAUGUACUGGACACUGCGGGUCAGGAAGAAUUUAGUGCAAUGAGGGAGCAAUACAUGAGAAAAGGAGAUGGGUUUCUUCUUGUUUAUUCUGUUACGGAUAAGCAGAGUUAUGAAAAUAUAGUUAACUUCCAUACGCAAAUUCUCAGAGUUAAAGAUAGAGAUAUAUAUCCAAUGCUUUUAGUAGCAAAUAAAGUCGAUUUGGUCCAUCUGCGGAAAGUGUCGGAAGAAGCUGGGAGAGAAUUAGCGUAUAAACUAGGAAUUCCUUACAUUGAAACAUCUGCGAAGGACCCACCUCUCAACGUAGAUGCAGCAUUUCAAGAAGUCGUGAGAAUAAUUAGGAAUCAACCACCAGUGGAACCGGAGAAAAAUCGGGGAAGAAGAAGGAGGUCUGGCAAAUGUUGUGUAAUAUGAACAGAACAUUACCUCAUUAAGACAAAAGUGGUUGUAAUAAAUUUAAUAACGGUGAGAAAAUUUGCACUUUGUCAUAUUUUUAUAUUGAAUCCCUCCUCCUUCUAAGUUAGUAAAAAAAAAAUUAAUUAUAUAAAUAGAUGUUUCUUUUAUGUCAAGAAACGCACAGUAAAGAUAAUUUUAAAGAAAAAAAAAUAGUUUGUUACUUUUUAUAUACUUUAUUUGGGUAUCAUUUAAAAAAAUAAUAUAUAUAAAUAUAAGGCCUUGUGAUUGUGCCAAAUAGUAAGUUAAUUUAAAGAUAUGGUGUGCCAUAAAUUGAAAUACUGGCAGAAGUGGUUUAAUAAAACAAGACUUUUUGACCAAUUUCAAUAGCCAUUUUGUAAAUGUUUGCCUUAUUUAAUACGUUUUCGUUUUAUUUAUUCGUAAGAAAAUAAAAAAAUGGAAUUGUAACUGUAUCGACCUUAUUUACCGAAUCAAAUAUCUGUGCAACACCUUAACUUUAACGCCGUCAAGAAUGUGAAUUUAAUUCGUCUAUCUUGGUGGCACGCCGGGUGGUACAUAACUCCUCUGUGACGAAUUCAAGUAAGGAGGAGGUUCAAUUAAAACUUGUAAUGAUUUUAAAUAAAAAAGUAAAUAUAUAUUGAAAUUUCCCAUUAAUAUCGGUGUUGUGUUAGCUUUAUUUUGUGGUCUGUAUUCACCAUUGUGA